AUGACUGUAAAAUUGAAAAUAUUACAAUCAUUUAACUUGACUUCAAAAUCAUUUCUACUUGUUGCAAAAUAUACCAUCUCGAAAUUAAAGCUGCAUAGAGACCAAAUACUAAUAUUGUCUUCGGAGUCAGUAUUGCCAUGCAAUAUAUCUGAUGACAUAACGAUAAAAUAUCUAGUACAAGAGAUUGAAACUGAUAAAAUAUAUGUUUUGGAAUCAUUAACAAAUAAAGUUGUUAUUUUAUAUCAACUUCCCAAGGAUUUUAUAGAUAAACUUGACAACAAAGAAAGUAAAGAAAAUAGUAGCAAAAAUGUACAAGAUUUGUCCUUUAAUAAUGACUUUCUGACAGUCAGCAACAUUCCUGAUAUUCUUAAAAAGAUAAAAGAAACAAAUAAACCAUGUAGCAGAGAACGAUUAGGGAAUACUCAUGAUAGCGUACCCAUUUUAUUAAACCAAGUAUCAUUUUACAAACCAAGACUCUUAGCAUCAAAUUCUCAUAUGAAUAAUGGUGGAAACAAUAGUACCAGGACAGGUUUAAUUGAUCCAGAAAAAUAUUUACUUGAAAAAUAUCAUGAAGUUUUAUAUUCGAUAAAUUUAACUUUCUCUCAUUUUAUAAGACAUUGUCUCUACAGAUUCAAAAAAUUGUGCAAAGAGUCAUGUGAAGAUUUGACUGCCGCGACCUUAAAAUACAAAAAAAUAUUGACUUCUAUGCUACUGUCAGUGAACCAAUUUGACAAACGACACUUUAAUAAUGGUCUUUUAAAGAAUAUAGAUACGGCUGAUGUUCAUUUGAUUAAAUUAAAAAACAAGAUUUUACUGAGUGAUUGGAAAAUACAAGAUUUAAAUUCAUUUACUAAUAAUAAUGACAAUUGUGAAAUUAUAAGCAAGUUAAAUUCAAUUUUUAAAAUUAGAGAAUUAAAGCUACAAAUUCUUUUAACUUUGGAAUUAUUAUUGUUUACUUCCUUGGAUUCUAGAUUUGAAAAAUUUCAAUCUGUCUACAAAAAAAAUAUACAGAAAAGAGCAUUACAUAUUUCAAAAUUGAGCAUCAAAAAAAGGAAAAAAAAGGAGAACCUUAAAACUGAAAGUACCAAGUAUGGGGUAAAAAAUGAUGACAUGCAAAUUUCAGAAUCCACCGAUUUAUGUGAGAAACUAGAUAUAUGGCUAGAUAAAUUGAUCAUCACUGAGUCGUUGAUAACUAUUAACUACGAAAUAACCAAUCCAAUGGAGAAAAGAAUACUAGACUUUUUUAAGGGUAGAAUGUUAGUAGAUACUGAUGAAGAAUCGACUUUCGGAUUUCUGAAUAAGUUAUUAAUUCCAUAUUACAAGAAAAAAUUACCCCAUACAACAAAGUUUAUUUCCAAAAAAGUUAAGGGAACUACAUUUAAAAAUAGCCUUACAGCUCCUACUAGUAAGGACAGUCUACAGAAAUCGAAUGACAAUACAACCAGUAUCGAUGGUAGUACUCAAUUAAUGGUUAAUAGGAGUAGAAGUAACAGUAUACUUAGUAGCACAAGUGGUGCUAAAUCUACCGAUAACAAUAACAGGAAAGUUGGUUCCUUGUUCAAUGCUCCAUUUUUAAACAGAAAAUCGUCCACUUUGUCUGACUUCAUUUCUAUGGAGCCGAACAAGAAACCCCAGUUUAAAAGAACAAAAUCAGAAUUAUAUAAUUUGGAAAGGAGGUUAACAUCAAUUAUAGGUAGUACCAAGGAAAGUACUAAUAAUAACACAUUAAAAUCCAAAAAAAGAAAAAUUAUGCCCACUUUAUAUAGAGAAUCCAAUAAGGUGCCACAAGAACCUGACACCGAAGGUUUUAUGAAAGUUAAUGGUAAAAUGGUCAAAUUAGCAAAAUUGUCGUCACAUUUUUCAUCCUUUCAGAGGAUUGGCAAAAAAGUUAAAUCAAACAAUAGCAGCAAUGCCGAUCUAUUGGAAUCAAAAACUGGAAUAUGUUCUACCACUGAACCAAAAAUGAACGUUGUUGAAGUCGAGGCAACACCACUGAAGAAAUAUAAUUCCACCAACCAGAACAUUCUUUUAUCAACGCAACGGGUUUCAGAAUCUCCGUUGAUAGAGUUUGCCUCAACAAGAAACUCGCCUUUAGAUCAAAUGAUAUCUUCUUGUGAGUCAAAAUUAAAAACACCUCUACAAAAUUUAAAUGAAAACACAGAAGAUGACGAUUCUAUUGGUAGAAAUUUAAUGAAUGUACGUAGAAAACUAUUUAAAUGA